AUGGGCAAUGAUAAUCAAUUUGUCGAACAACCAGUACCUCCUUUUGUUAAUCCAACAACAACACGAACAACAGUAGCAGCUAAAGAUGGUAUUGUUGCUAUUCAAACACCAGUAGAACCGGUUGAAAGUCGUCGAACACUUCUUGAUGAAGAAAAAAUUUCAACGAAAACUCGUCGUUUAUCUCCUUCAUCGUUUAUAACAGCCGAUAAAAUAUUUGCUAUAGCUCUUUUUAUUUUACUAAUUAUUCUUAUAUCGUAUAUAUUAUUUCAUGGAAAAAUAACUGAUGUUAAAUUAAGUCGUUUAACAAAUAAUGAUAAUAUAAAAUCAAAUGAUAUUCGUGCGUUACUUGAAGAUAUGAAUCGUACACUUAAAUCAAUUGAAACAUUACUUAUUCAACAAACAAAACAAACAAAUAUUAAUCUUCAAUUAAAUGGACAAGAUAUACGAGAAUUUUAUUCAAAUAAAACAGUAUUAAAUGAAUUUUUACGUCAAUAUAGAGAACGUUUAUAA